AGUGUCUCAAAAGGACCAUAGCAACAAUAACUUCUCGCCACCAGCCACCUCCCCUAACUCAGAAUAACUGACAUUGAAGAAACAACCACCACAUUUAUUACCUCCUGCACCGGAAAGACAGAGGUGAAGGCCCCCCAACCCCUUUCAUUGAUUGUAUUUCAAUAGGCCAACUCUCAUUUUCCUGCUUCCUCAUCUUUCUUCACUCCCUUUCUUCCCCAAUCCAAUGUCUGGAACUCCACUCCAAUGGCUGCUUCUCUUCCUAUCAACCCUUCUCACCAUCAAUCUUGCUCUCUGUUUACCCCAAAACCCAUCACCCAGGAAGACUUACAUUGUCCAAAUGGACAAAUCUCUGAUGCCAGAAACCUUCACCGAGCAUUUCCAGUGGUAUUCCUCAAUGAUCAAAUCAGUAGUCACUGAGCCAGAAAAACAAGAUGCCAAAGAUGAUGAGAAGAUCAUCUAUACUUACCAGACUGCUUUUCAUGGCCUGGCUGCACAGCUCAGUGAAGAAGAAGCAGAGAGGCUGGAGAAACUUGAUGGUGUGAUGGCCAUAUUUCCCGAGACCAAGUACGAGCUGCACACCACGAGGAGUCCCCUUUUCCUUGGGCUAGAACCACAAAAAAGCACAAAUAUCUGGUCAGAUAGCACCGCCGAUCACGACGUGAUAGUCGGAGUGCUCGACACCGGGAUAUGGCCGGAAAGCCAAAGCUUCAACGACAGUGGGAUGACACCAGUUCCAGCUCACUGGAAAGGAGCUUGUGAAACAGGACGAGCCUUCACCAAGAGCAACUGCAACAAAAAAGUCGUGGGCGCUAGAGUCUUCUACCGGGGGUACGAGGCUUCCACCGGCAAAAUCAACGAGAAAGACGAGUACAAAUCGCCGCGCGAUCAAGACGGCCACGGUACCCACACGGCGGCGACCGUGGCCGGAUCCCCUGUUCGCGGCGCAAAUCUCUUGGGGUACGCUUACGGGACGGCCAGAGGGAUGGCCCCGGGUGCUAGGAUCGCCGCUUACAAAGUCUGCUGGACGGGUGGCUGUUUCAGCUCCGAUAUUCUCUCCGCUGUGGAUCGAGCGGUGGCAGACGGGGUAAACGUCUUGUCCAUCUCUCUUGGCGGCGGAGUGUCGCCGUAUUAUCGUGAUAGCUUGUCCAUAGCCUCCUUUGGGGCAAUGGAGAGGGGGGUUUUCAUUUCGUGUUCGGCGGGAAAUGGGGGGCCUGAUCCUAUCAGUUUAACAAAUGUAUCGCCGUGGAUUACCACGGUUGGAGCUAGCACAAUGGAUAGGGAGUUUCCAUCUAGUGUUAAGCUUGGGACUGGGAAAAUUAUAUCAGGAGUUUCCCUAUAUAAAGGGAGGAGAAACCUGUCGAAAGAAAAGCUGUACCCACUGGUUUACACUGGAAGCAAUUCGAGCAGUCCCGAUCCUAGUUCCUUGUGUUUAGAAGGAACUCUAGAUCAUAGGAAAGUAGCUGGAAAAAUCGUUAUCUGCGAUCGAGGUAUUAAUCCUAGAGUUCAGAAGGGACAGGUGGUGAAAGACGCAGGUGGGAUAGGUAUGAUACUGUCAAACACGGCAGCAAACGGAGAGGAGCUGGUGGCGGACGCCCACCUCCUUCCGGCUGUGGGGGUGGGAGAAAGGGCGGGGAAAAUGAUCAAGCAGUACGCGUUGACAAAUCCGAAGGCGACUGCAACCCUCGCAUUCAUGGGGACUAAAUUGGGGAUACGCCCGUCUCCAGUGGUGGCGGCGUUUUCAUCCAGAGGGCCUAAUUUCUUGACGCUGGAGAUUCUGAAGCCGGACAUGGUGGCCCCCGGGGUGAACAUUCUCGCGGCCUGGACCGGCGAAGUGGGCCCGUCAAGUUUGCAGACGGAUCACCGUCGAGUUAAGUUCAAUAUACUGUCCGGAACGUCCAUGUCGUGCCCGCACGUGAGCGGUGUCGCUGCAUUGCUCAAGGCCAGGCAUCCGGAAUGGAGUCCGGCAGCCAUCAAAUCAGCGCUCAUGACUACUGCUUAUGUCCAUGAUAAUAUGUACAAGUCUCUGGUAGAUGCAGCAACAGGUGCACCUUCCAACCCGUAUGACCACGGUGCGGGUCACAUACAUCCGGCAAAAGCACUUGAUCCAGGUUUGGUUUAUGACAAUGGGGCACAGGAAUAUUUUGAAUUCUUGUGCACGCAAGCCUUAACCUCAGGCCAGCUGGAUGUUUUUGCCAAGUUCUCCAACAGAAAGUGCCGGAAAACGCUUGCAAAUCCGGGGGAUUUGAACUACCCAGCUCUUUCAGCUGUGUUCCCGGAAACCCGUAAUGUCACGGCUGUGACCCUUCAUAGAACUGUCACUAAUGUUGGGCCACCUGUUUCCACUUACCAUGUGAUAGUUUCGCAGUUUAAAGGAGUUUUCAUCAAGGUUGAGCCAGCAGUGCUGAAGUUCAACAGCAAAGACCAGAAACUAUCCUAUAAGGUCACAUUCACUACAAAGUCUCGACAAACUACGCCGGAGUUUGGAAGUCUGAUUUGGAAAGAUGCGUUGUACAGGGUGAGAAGCCCGAUAGCGAUUACAUGGCUGUAACCGAUAUGAUUUAUGUUGCACUGUGUUAGAACAUGAAUCUGGAUGGGUGCUACAAUAACAAAGAAACCUUCAAAAAGCCCCAAGGCUAGUAGUUUUUGAUUGCAUGAUCGAAAUGCUCUCCUUCGUUUGUUUCUUGUACUCGUAUUGCUAGUUUUUCUUGUACUCUGUAUUACUAGUUUUCGGAGAAAAUAAAACUACAAAGAACUGCUUUUCAUUUUCUGUUGAA